AUGGGAGAGAUGGAAACGACUGUCGAGCUCCAUAGAAGGAUCGUUGCCGCCGCUUCGAGGUUAGCGACAGACAAAUCGACGAAUAAAAGUGUUCGCAAAAAGCGACAAAAGGUACUUUUUUCCCUAAAUUCAUCUCGUAUAUUUCUUUUUCAAUAGGACCUACAAGCCGCCAAGCAGAAGCUGAACAGACUCGAACAAGGUCUCCAGCAAAUGCGCCACUCGGCCAGCAAACCCGACAUCAGCAGCUUCAACUCGGACUCCAGUAUGACAUUUUGAAAAUAAAGCCAUGAGAAAUAACUUCGUUUCAGAUUCUUGGACGAUAUCGUCAAACGGCGCGUUGACGAUGGCGAUGACGAAAAGCUGUCCGACGACCCCGCGGGGAUCUGUUCCCGACCUUUCCAGUCAUACGGAUGGAGAAAGGAACGAGGCUGAGGAAGGACUCGACGAUGUGCCGCGCAGAGCUCCAAGGUAAAGCAAUUCUAAAAUCCUAGGUGUUUUCGUACUUUAUUCUUUGUUCAAGUUACCUUAAUCUUCAGACAGCUUUCAACUUGAUUAUAAGCUCAAAAUUAAAGCUGGAGCUUUUUUUAUUCCAAGUUUCCACACAGUAAUUGGGUUUGAAGUUUCCAAUUUUUUCCAGUUUUUCCCCAGUUUUUAGAAAGUUUCAGAGUACUUUCCUUGUCAACCAAUGUUAACUCUCUUAACUGUUUCCCACCUCUAACAACCUCAAUUUUUAGCACGGCAGCGAUGCGAGCUCUACAGCAGCAGCAGCGGUACUCCGGCACGUCUUCGUCCUCCGCGACGAGCGCUGAUUCGAUGGGCUUGGGCCUUCCGCCGCGGCCCAACUCCCGCAAAAGCAUCGCCAGUUGUUCGCAUGCCGAUCCUCUUGACAACCCGCUUGCCGAUCCAACGAACCCUCUGUGCGUAGUUACUUCUGAAGCAACGAAGUUUUAAUGAGACUAUUAGAAGUAAAUUAGGUAUAGUUAAUGGAAUUUUAGAUCUGCUAACACUAUUUUUAGACCUACUCACAUGUCAGAGCUUCAUGUGUCAUUGGAUUUUUUAGGCGUUAAAAACUGCUGUUAAAAAACGUUUCAAGAUGUUCUAGGCCUAACUAGUUGAAAAAAAAUAGGCGUUAAUUAGUGUUCGGAGCGUGAUUUAACACUUCAGAAUAUGAAAAAUAGCUGUUUUAAAACAGAAAUAGGUUCAUCAGCGUCCAACUAACACUAGAAAGGCUGACGUUUGGAAAAAUUGUUCAAUCCACUUUGUUUCAGCUAUGAAAACGUUGGUUACCGAUCGACUUCGUAUCGAAGCAGCUAUCGACAAGCUCAUUAUCCCACCAUUCAGGUACUUCAUUGUAUUCGAUAGAUUUAGACAAUCUCAAAAAAAAAUUUUUUUUAGAAUUGCUAAUAUUUUCUUCCAGGACGAGCACCACCAACGGAAACGAGCUCAGUCAGCUCACUCGAUAGCUCUGGAACCGGGAAGUUCGGGCCGAGUGCCGUGCUCCUACUCGAUUCCGAUGCAAGACGCUACGCAGCGAUUCGCGCAAAAUGACCAGGAUGACGUCACGCCGACCGCUGAGAAUCCGCAUCCGAUCCGGCGACUUCCCACCAGCAUUUCGUGUGGCGCCGGCCUCGGCACAGCCAGUCUCGAUCGAAGAAACGGCUUCCCGAGGUUGAUUUUUGUAGACGAUGGUCUGAUAAUAAUGGUAUGUUUCACAGAAGUCACCUACAAACCAGUGAGGACUUGAAUCGUCGAAUAUCUCCACCGACACACCGGAUCACGACUUUUCCGGUGUCUCAUCCGACCUCGAUCAUGCCGUGAGUUGGAAAAGUCAGACUUGGAUGAAGUUAAUUGGUUUUUUUCAAAUAGAUGCUAGUCCGAUUAUUUAAAGCUCAUGAUUUUUUUGAUUUCAGAAAGGAGAAACUUUGAUAAUAAACUUAGCGUCUGUACUCGAGAAAAAGAAACUCCUACUAUCGAUUUUCAGAAACCGAUCGUACUCUACGAACUCCUCAGCCACGGAAAUGCCGCGAUUCCAGCCGCCUCCGAGUCGCCUUGGACCGUUUCCCUCGCGAGUCGCACUUCCACCGUACAACGGCGUCACUCAGAAACCCUCCUUGACUACAGUAUCCGCCAGCAAACUUCCUGUUAACACAAAUCCCCAAAUGGAAGCCUUGCUCCAUUAUUACAAGCAGCAGAAAAGGAAUCAACAGCCUCCGAAAACUGCUACGAUUGUCUAG